AUGGAGCUUAACGAUGCAUCCGCCGUCUGGCAUCCGGCGCUGCGAUCCGAAGAUAACGGAAAUCUCGUCGCGGCUGAGACGAGCGACGCAUUGAUCGAGUCCGCUUCUGCCUCCUGUCCUCCCCCGAUACCCACCAUGCAACCUGCCGAUUCAAGCGCCAUUGAUACACCUAGUCUGGAUGAACCUGCGCCUGUGCAGGACGCAGAAACACCGUCGGCUUGCGGUGAACUUCUCAUUCCUACCGAGACACCAGUUGAGUCUCUAGAAGAGGCUUCGGAGGUCGUACCUCCGGUAGUCGAGGAUAAUCACGACUUGAAGACUUUCGAACCUGAACCCGAGUCCCGACCCGAACGUGAGCAGACAAUGGUUGAGGCCGCGUCGGAUCCAUCACAAGACCAUGUAGCGGAAUUCGAGGUCUCGCAGACCCGCGAAAAGUCGUCCGAAUAUGUUCUCAAUGGCGAAGCCGCUGCUGCGGGCCCGGUACAGGGGCUGAGUGUUUACAACGAUGAUCCAUGGGCCAUCGAGCGUCAAUCGGAGGAGCCUCCUACGCCUAUUAAUGGGCAUAUUGGCGGUACCAAUCAUGACUUUUGGGGAAGCCCGAAAAGUGUCGACGAUGGCGAGGGCGACUUCUUCGACCAGCUGAAGACACAAACAAAGCCGAUUUUCGCCCCACCAGAAGCAGAGUCCAGAUUCGAAGAGGGCAUGCCUCUGUUGGAUGAUAACCUAGAAACACCGAUUGAGCAACCGGCGAACCAGGAGAGCCAGCUGGACACUGUUUUUGCUAAUGAUGAGGAUGAGGACGACGGGUUUUUCAGUACCAGUCGGAUGCCAGCACCGGAAAACGGAAAGGAAGCUAAAAUUCCGUUUCAUAUCAAACGCAAGAGCACCUCCCAGGUCUUGGGCACACUUGAUGUUUCGCAAACCUCACCUACUAGUCCUCUUUCCCCGACGGCAGAAGAGUUCGACAACAUCCUCGCGGCUGCGGCAUCGGGAUCAGACAAUAAGGCACAGGAGCAUGAACAGGAGCAAGUACAGGAACCAAAAGAGGAAGAGGACUUGGCGGCGAGGUGGGAGGCAGAACUCUCUGGUGAUGAGCUCCCAGCUGCUCCGGCUGAGGAGGACCUAGCAGCACGUUGGGAGGCAGCCCUUGAUGAUGACGAUGAUUUACUGUUGGACGACGAAGCCACCGGGGAUGCGAAAGCUACUCAGGAACAACCCUCUCAGACCGUUAAUGGAUAUGUACCGGAUGCGACCCCCCCAGGGCUCCGCAGCCCCUUUGGAACUCCGCAAGGCUCGAGUAGGCCCAAGGCGCAGCAAACUUCAUACACUCCCCAUCAGCCCUCUACUUCGGAUCUGCUCCAAGGGGUCGUCCCUCCAGCGAACUCCGCAUAUGCCGCUGACUAUUUCAAUCCCCAACCCCAGCCACCUGCACCGCUGGGCAAGGCGGAGAGCUUUGCGGAACGCUCUAAAGAGGGCUACAAGUCUCCUUACGAUCUCCCGGAAGAUAUUACCCGACGCCGCAGACCUUCCCAAAAGCCGGUAGUGGCGCAGGCUGCCCAUACACCACCAACAAUACCCCCCCCCCGAAGUAGCAGCAUUCCAGUACCACCCCCAAAGUCAUCGUCUCCGCUAUCAGCCCCGCCGUUGGGCUCUACUUCCCCACCCAAACCAGUGGUUCCUCCGGUUGCAUCUUCUCCGAAGAACUUCUACGAGGAUCUUCCCCUACCCCCGGUUCGACCUCGUUCGCGGCCUGCAAGCUCGGGGCGUUAUGCACAGAAUUUCAACGCACCAGCUCCUCCUCCGGUAGGCCAGCUGCCUCCCCCGAAUGACCUCUCAGUUCAACCCCAGCUACAGCAGCCGGAAAGACUAGCACCAUAUGCGAACACAUUAACCCCGAGCGGCCUAGGCCCUCCUAGUGUCCCUAGUGUUGCUUCCAGGUAUUCUCCAAAACCACCAAGCCUGCAACCUGGACCCAAGCCAGCUGCGAACCCCAGAUACUCUCCCGCUCCUCCCCAAUCUACCGCCCUUCCCCCCCAAAAUCGGUACGUCUCUCAGCCGCCUAACAUUCCGGGACAAGGGGUUGCUUUACCAUUCCAGCCACGUACCUCGAGUCCACUAGCCUAUCACGAAAAGGUUUCCUACCAAUCCCAGGAAAUCCCUAAACAGCUUCCUCCCUCGCAGCCCGCUCCCCCGGAGAUACCUCCUCCUGAGCAACAAUCCCUAACUGAUACGGGGGUUAUCUAUGCAUCUCCGCCUCGAGUCCACCCGGUUACUGCAGGUGUUAUUGGCGAGGAUACUCAGGGGGAUGCUUCCACCAACUAUCAGCAGACCUCUCCACCCAGGAACCCAUAUGCACCUCCUUCAUAUGUGGCGGAGUUUUCGCGCCGUCUUUCGCAAUCAAGUACCGGCCCGUCAGCCUAUGCGCCGUCUUCAGAUGACUCGCCCCUUGUUCCUCCUCGGAGAUCGCAGACACAGUCCCCUACUCAACAGAAAUUAAGUCAACGGUUGUCUGUGCCACCCAUCGAUCCAUUGAAGAGACCUGCUUCUGUUCAUGGCUCUACUUCUCCGACCAAGACAGCUAGUCCGUACGCGCCUGUUGUAGGCUCCAGCCAUACUCGCGCCAUCUCCCAGUCACUCGAGUUCAUUCCGCCCACCGAUGGGCAAGAACUGGAUCCUCUUGAAAGAUGGAAAGGUGCCCCGAUCGUCAAGUUCGGGUUUGGUGGUGCCGUGGUCUCUUGUUUCGCUAAACAUGUCCCACGGUACAGUGCUGGCCAGGCCGCCCCGAAGAUCAAGCCCAGCCCUGGAGAGGUGAAAAUACUACAGCUCAGCGAUUGGACUCCUUCACCGGAGAGCAUUGUACAGCACCCCGGCCCUCUGAGAACCAAAUCAAAGAAGAAGGACCUGAUUGCCUGGCUUUCCAGCAAGAUUGCUGCCUUUGAAAACGAAGGGGUUCCGGAAGCUAUUCAGUCACACCUUGACUCCUCCGCGCGCCACGAGGAGAAGAUUCUGCUCUGGAAAAUUGUGCGAGUUUUAGUUGAGCAUGAUGGCGGCUUGCAAAGCUCGCCUGAGCUGCAGACCUCUGUGAGGAACGUGAUUUUCCCUCACCUGCAGAAUGCUGAGUCGGAUCUUACCUAUGGAAAUAACGUCCAGUCUUUUUCUAUGACCCAGCCUGACGCUAGUUCUCGACCCGAUUCCACUGAGUCCAAGUCCUUAGGAGGUAUUCAGAACAGUCUUCUCCUUGGUGACAGAGAGAAAGCGGUUUGGACAGCGGCUGACAGUCGCCUCUGGGGACAUGCGAUGAUAAUUGCGUCAACCAUGGAGAAGUCUGUUUGGAAGCAAGUCGUGCAAGAGUUCGUCAGACGCGAGGUUAGGUCUACUUGUGGUAAAGCCGAGUCCCUGGCUGCUCUGUAUGAAAUCUUUGCUGGAAAUAUCGAAGAAAGUAUUGAUGAACUUGUUCCCCCCUCUGCCAGGGCCGGAUUACAGAUGGUCAGCAAAGUGGAUGGACAAGGGUCCUCCAGGAAUGCUCUGGCUGGCCUUGAGUCUUGGAGAGAUACCUUGGGUUUGGUUCUGAGUAACCGCAGUCCUGAAGAUCAUCAGGCUCUCUUGGCUCUGGGCCGCUUGUUGUUGACGUAUGGCCGGGUUGAGGCAGCUCAUAUCUGCCUUAUUUUCUCCCGAGCUUCUGUGUUUGGUGGGCCGGAUGAUCCACAAGGCAACAUUGUACUACUCGGAGCUGACCACCGCUCAUCCUCUGCUGCUUUGCUAGAUGAUGAUGCUAUUUUACUUACUGAGGCAUAUGAAUAUGCUACAUCUGUACUAGCGGGCUCUCCGGCAGCUACCCUUCCGCAUCUUUUGGCAUUUAAACUUAUUCACGCUCAAUCACUUGCAGAUCGUGGCCGCAUCUCCGAGGCGCUUCAGUACUGUGAAGCUAUCGCCGCUGUCCAUAAGACUAGCACAAAGCCCUCAGGAUAUCAUCACCAACGCCUGUUCUACGGAGUUGACGAACUGUCUACGCGCCUGAGGCAGACCUCUGGUGAUGGAGGAUCUUCUUGGAUAUCUAAACCCAGCAUGGAGAGAGUCUCCUCCUCUAUGUGGAAUAGGUUUAGCAAUUUCGUUGCCGGUGAUGACAGUGAUGCCGCGUCUACGGGGUCGACUAAGGCUGGAGAGCCAGACAUUGGCCCUUUCGCCAAAAUUGCCGGCACACCCACCGUGAGCCGUUCACCUUCUGUGACAGACUUGUAUGGCCCGUACCCUAUCCCUGGACCGCAACCAAUCCCCACCAGUGGACCUUCACGAUAUCAGCCGAGUAACCAAUAUGCGCCGAACUCGCCGCCCGAUCAAGGUCGUGGUAGGUCGUCCCUCGACUCGCAGAGAUCUGCGUCUUUUGGGCACUCCUAUGGCCAGCGACGCGGAUCGCAAGAGUAUCCUCCUCCAGCACCCGAUAACAGCUCGUAUCAAGGAGGUCCGAUGUAUGGUUCACCCUCUGCUGGGUACCAGUCCACGCCCCCUCAGACCUCAUGCAUGUCUCUUGCCCCUGUUGACGAAGACAUGGCAACUCAAACCUACCCAGAGACACCCUCUGCGCCACCGCAAGGGCUGUUUGCCAAUGACUCGCCCUACCAACCCCCGGUACAGAAUUCGUUCGAUCACUCCCUGGACAACGCUUCCGCGCCAGAUCUCCAUAUAGGUGAAGGCGGAGGAUACAUGCCCCCCGCUAUCAAUACUGGAUAUGAGCCUCCUGCUGCAAGCACUGACUACGAGCCUCCUACUGCAAACACUGGCUACGAGCCUCCUGCAAGCACUGGUUACGAGCCUCCCUCUGGCAGCACCGGUUAUGAGCCUCCCUCCGCUAGUAUUGAUGGUCCAGAAAUGGAAGUUAAUGAAGAGGGUGAUGAGCAGCUACGACACACCAGUUCAGACAUGCAGGAUGAUGAUGAUGACCUUGCUGCUCGCGCCGCCGCCUUGAAAAAAGCCGAACGCGAGCGUAAGGAUCGCGAAGCCGAAGAGGCCUUCCGGAAAGCAGCAGAAGCUGAUGCUCAAAAACCUGCUCCUGCAAAGGGAGGCUGGUGGUUUUCUGGAUGGGUCCGGCGUGGAAAUAAAGAGGCCGACAAUAUUAGCGGAGGACCGAUUCGCGCCAAGCUUGGCGAGGAAAGCUCCUUCUAUUAUGAUAAUGAGUUGAAGAAAUGGGUCAACAAAAAGGAUCCCAAUAGUGCCACACAAGCUCGUGCUACUCCACCCCCGCCAAAGGGACUGGCUCCUCCCAGCAGAAGUGCCAGCGGUAGCACUGCACCUCCUCCGGCUCCUAGUUUGGGAGGACCCAACAGCCGGCCUCCGUCGUCGGCAGGUGCUCCGCCACCGCUCUCCGCUAGCCCUGUGCCAUCAUCACUUGGUCUUCCCCCACCAACACUGGGGCGAUCUGUCUCUACUGGUGCUGUCUCUGCCGGUGCGAUGAACUCCCGGCCAGGAAGCUCCUCUGGGCCUCCCCCUCGACCUGCAACGUCCUUGAGCAACGCGAGUUCGAUUGACGAUUUGCUGGGGGCUCCGCAGGCGCGCAAGGGCAACGCUGCCAGGGGGAGAAAGAAGGGCCGUGGCUACGUUGACGUAAUGGCCAAAUAA